AUGUCGUCCGACACCGCCGCAGCCGACGGCGCAAAGGGCUACCUGACACCGGACCAAAUCGCCCAAUUCCACCGCGACGGCUACCUCCUCCUGCCCUCGUUCUUUGACCCUGCGCCGCUUCUCGCGCACUCCAAGUCGCUCAUCUCGUCCUUCUCCCUCGCCGAUCACCCGCUCACCACCUUCUCCGCUGGCGAAGAUGAGUCGCACGUUGGAGACCGGUACUUCCUCGACUCUGGCGAUAAGAUCCGGCAUUUCUUCGAAGAAGGAGCCAUCGAUCCUAUCACCAAAACUCUCACAGUAGACAAGGACAAGGCGAUCAACAAAUGCGGUCAUGGGUUGCAUCUGCUCGACCCUGUCUUUCGCGACUUUUCCUUUUCGCCGCAGCUUCAGGGGGUGGCGCGCAGUUUGGGGGUGCACAAGGACCCACGCGUGCUGCAAAGCAUGGUGAUCUGCAAGCAGCCGAGCAUUGGGGGUGCCGUACCGAGUCACAAUGAUUCCACCUUUUUGUAUACGGAUCCGCCGAGUGCGGUGGGCUUCUGGUUUGCGUUGGAGGACUGUACGACGAGCAACGGAUGUUUGAGCUUCCUACCUGGCAGUCAUCGAUGGCCGAAAGGCACGAGUCCAAGCCCUUCGGACGCACCAAGGCCAGCCGACGCGCACAACGAAGCCCUGGGCACGGCGAGGGGCAUCAACAAGCGUUUUGUGCGCAAACAACCCUCCAACCCUGACGCAGGUACCACCUUCAUUUCGAUUGCGCAAAACGAGGAGGUCGAAUGGGACGAAUCCAAGGCCGAGAUCGCAGAGUGCAAAGCAGGGACACUGGUGCUCAUCCACGGCAGCGUCAUGCACAAGAGCGAGAAGAACCUCAGCGACAGAAGUCGGUUCAUCUACACAUUCCACAUGAUUGAAGGUGAGGGAGCGAGGUACGACGAGAAGAACUGGUUGCAGCCGACACAAAAACAUCCUUUCCCGCGACUGUACGAUGGCGCGUGA